CCCCCAACUUCCUCAUCACCCGCAGGAUGGUCGUAUAGGUAGAUAUACACUGGUAGAGACGUAUCGCUUGGCGCAUACCCGCCUGGUAAGUAAUCCAAGGGUGCGCACACAAAGCGUAGCGAAAUUCCUCGCUGCCCCUGGAGUGAAAAGAGUGAACAACAGGACAUGACAUUGAUAUUUUCCGACGGAGACGCAUCAGCCUGGCGCGCACUUAUCUGGUCGAUUGUCCAAGGAUGUGCGCGCAAGGUGGAGAGGCCAGCUCUUGGAAGUGAAGAAAUGCAUCAAAUUCACUUGGCUGGCCGCAGGCGGACCACCUGCAAGCUAGCAGUGCAGCCUGACGCGCCUUGGCGCGAGCGGCACACAUACUGAGGCGCGAGCGACACACAUACUAGCCUGAUGAUACAGGCUCCGCGUCGUGCUAAACACGGUGCGCCGACUCGUGCUCAUCGAUCUCCGCGCCCUGCUCCGACUAGUUGACCUCAACCUCCGCGUUGUGAAUGCCGCGCUGGGGUGUUGGGCCCCUGCCGCGGCCAAGACACUCGAGCCCCACCAGGCAGCCCAGCGCGACGCCGCAGACCAAGAACAAGAUCAACAAGAAGAAGAUCAAGACACCAGCGAAGACUGCAAUUAAUCCCCAUGGCUCGGUGGUGGCUGUGGUGUUUGACGUGUCCGAACUCGUGCUCGUAUCGGUGGUCGUCGUGGCCGUCUUGAUGGUGAUGGUAGUAGUGCUUGACGUCGCGGAACGCGUGCCCGUAUCGGCGGUCGUCGUGGCCGUCUUGGUGGUCGUCGCGGUGGUCGUCUCAGUUGUUGCCUCGGUGAAGUCGAGCACGUACGCGGAGCCGGAACUGUCGCCCUGGUCGUCGUCACCAUAGGCCCCCACCACCACGCGGGCCCCGUCGGAGCUCACGGCCACCGAGGAACCGAAAAAGUCGUAGGCGGCCCCAUCACUCGCCACAAGCUUCAGCAGCCUCUCGCCGGUGGCCCCGUCGAGCACGUACACGGAGCCGGAACCGGAGCCCUGGUCGUCGUCACCUCUGGCCCCCACCACCACGCGGGCCCCGUCGGAGCUCACGGCCACCGAGGAACCGAACAAGUCGUCUGCAGUCCCAUCACUCGCCACAAGCUUCAGCAGCCUCUCGCCGGUGGCCCCGUCGAGCACGUACACGGAGCCUGAAUUGUAGCCCUGGUCGCCGUCACCACAGGCCCCCACCACCACGCGGGCCCCGUCGGAGCUCACGGCCACCGAGGAGCCGAAAUAGUCGAAAUUGGCCCCAUCACUCGCCACAAGCUUCAGCAGCGUCUCGCCGGUGGCCCCGUCGAGCACGUACACGGAGCCGGAACCGGAGCCCUGGUCGUCGUCACCUCUGGCCCCCACCACCACGCGGGCCCCGUCGGAGCUCACGGCCACCGAGGAACCGAACCAGUCGUCUGCAGCCCCAUCACUCGCCACAAGCUUCAGCAGCCUCUCGCCGGUGGCCCCGUCGAGCACGUACGCGGAGCCGGACUUGUCGCCCUGGUCGUCGUCAUAUUUGUUUCCCACCACCACGCGGGCCCCGUCGGACUCACGGCCACCGACUCACCGAAAUAGUCGUUGUCGACCCCAUCACCCGCCAUGAGUUUGAGCAACUGCGCGCCGCUGGUAGACAGGCGCCUCCCGAACUCGGCCUGCGGCUCGCGAGGGCGACCGCUCGCCGAGCCCUCCACCCUCGGGCGGGCCAGCGCCCCGCUCGCCGGCGACCCGGCGCUCGGGGCGCCGCGCGCUGCCAGCGGCAAGAGCAGCGCGCCGACGCUGUGAGACGUGCGCAGGCGCAUCAUGCCGUCUGCAGAUGCGCAGAGCUGAACGGAACGAGAGACGCCAGAGGGGAGCCCUGGGAGGCCGGCGACGGCCCCUCGAAACCUUGAGCCAAAAUUGCGACCAGCCCCGAUGGCUUGCCCAAGACAUUCCUU